GCAGGGGCACAGUUCAAGGGUCAUCCCAGGAGGGAGGAGGGUCCCCCUCCCAGCCUGCGGGCAUCCCCGGGCCCUGGGACCUGGACUUCUGGUCGCCCAGCCAUGGAGCAGCGGUACAGCCGCUGCCGUCGCAUCCUCCUGCUCCUGCCCCUGGUGCUGGGGCUGAGCGCUGCCCCCGGCUGGGCAGGUGCGCCCCCUGUGGAUGUGCUCCGGGCCCUGAGGUUCCCCUCCCUCCCUGAUGGUGUCCGGAAGGCCAGAGGGGUCUGUCCAGCUGAUGUGGCCUACCGCGUGUCCAGGCCCGCCCAGCUCAGUGCACCCACCCGCCAGCUCUUCCCAGGAGGCUUUCCCAAAGAUUUUUCUCUGCUGACUGUUGUCCGGACCCGGCCUGGCCUCCAGGGGCCCCUCCUGACUCUCUACAGUGCCCAGGGUGUCCAGCAGCUGGGCCUGGAGUUGGGUCGACCUGUCCGCUUCCUCUACGUGGACCAGACUGGACGGCCUCGGCCCCCAGCUCAGCCGGUUUUCCGAGGCCUGAGCCUCGCGGAUGGCAAGUGGCACCGAGUGGCUGUGGCUGUGAAGGGCCAGUCUGUCACCCUCAUUGUUGACUGCAAGAAGCGAGUCACCCGGCCCCUUCCCCGAAGUGCUCGUCCUGUGUUGGACACCCGCGGCGUGGUGAUCUUUGGGGCCCGUAUCCUAGAUGAAGAAGUCUUUGAGGGCGAUGUCCAGGAGCUUGUCGUUGUUCCUGGAGUCCAAGCUGCCUACGAGUCCUGUGAACAGAAGGACGUGGAGUGUGAGGGGAGCCAGAGGGAGAGGCCCCAGAACAGGCAGCUUCACAGAGCCCAGCGGUCGCCGAAGCAGAAGCCCUCAAGACUUCACAGGCCGCAGAACCAGGAGCCCCAGCGCCAGUCCCAGCCCUCUGAGUCCCUCUACUAUGACUACGAGCCUCCCUAUUACGAUGAGAUGACCACGGGGACAACCCCUGAUUAUCAGUACCCCGCUCCCGGUGAAGAGGAAGGAGCUCUGGAGUCAAGCCCCCUGCCACUCCCCGAGGAGGAGCAGACAGAUCUCCAGGUCCUCCCCACAGCCGACAGGUUCCUGGCACAGGAGUAUGGGGAGGGAGGCACAGACCCCCCAGCAGGGCUCUACGAUUACACCUAUGGCUAUGGGGAUGAUUAUCGUGAGGAGACGGAGCUUGGCCCUGCACUCUCUGCGGAGACAGCCCCCUCAGGAGCCGUUGCCCAUGGACCCCGGGGGCUGAAGGGAGAGAAGGGAGAGCCUGCGGUGCUGGAACCUGGUAUGUUUGUGGAGGGACCUCCUGGCCCAGAAGGCCCUGCGGGGAUGGCUGGCCCCCCUGGAAUCCAGGGGAACCCAGGCCCGGUUGGAGACCCUGGCGAGAGGGGCCCCCCUGGCCGAGCAGGGCUCCCCGGAUCAGAUGGGGCCCCUGGCCCUCCCGGCACCUCCCUCAUGCUCCCAUUCCGGUUUGGCAGCAGUGGGGGUGACAAGGGCCCCGUGGUGGCCGCGCAGGAGGCUCAGGCCCAGGCGAUUCUGCAGCAGGCGCGGCUGGCACUCCGAGGACCCCCAGGCCCGAUGGGAUACACAGGCCGUCCUGGACCCUUGGGGCAGCCCGGGAGCCCUGGCUUGAAAGGAGAAUCGGGAGACCUAGGGCCUCAGGGCCCCAGAGGACCUCAGGGUCUCGCGGGCCCUCCUGGCAAAGCUGGGCGGAGGGGCCGAGCGGGUGCCGAUGGAGCCCGAGGGAUGCCGGGGGAACCUGGAGUGAAGGGUGAUCGAGGUUUUGAUGGUCUCCCAGGUCUACCUGGGGAGAAAGGACACAGGGGUGAUACUGGUGCCCAGGGCCUUCCCGGGCCCCCUGGUGAAGAUGGAGAGCGGGGAGAUGAUGGGGAGAUCGGGCCCCGCGGGCUGCCUGGAGAGUCGGGACCGCGAGGACUCCUUGGUCCGAAAGGCCCCCCUGGUAUCCCUGGGCCCCCGGGAGUCCGAGGCAUGGAUGGACCCCAUGGUCCCAAAGGGAGCUUGGGACCCCAGGGAGAGCCAGGACCUCCUGGACAGCAGGGCACUCCUGGGACCCAGGGGCUCCCCGGUCCUCAGGGUGCCAUCGGCCCUCAUGGUGAGAAGGGCCCUCGAGGGAAACCAGGGCUCCCUGGCAUGCCUGGCACAGAUGGUCUCCCGGGCCACCCUGGGAAGGAAGGUCCUCCUGGAACCAAAGGAAACCAGGGCCCAUCUGGACCUCAGGGUCCUUUAGGAUACCCAGGACCUCGAGGUGUCAAGGGUGUGGAUGGAAUUCGGGGUCUGAAGGGUCACAAAGGUGAAAAGGGCGAGGAUGGCUUUCCCGGGUUCAAAGGUGACAUAGGCGUGAAAGGUGACAGGGGCGAGGUUGGAGUUCCUGGUUCCCGGGGAGAAGAUGGUCCUGAGGGGCCGAAAGGACGCACAGGACCCACCGGAGACCCUGGGCCUCCCGGGCUCCUGGGCGAGAAGGGCAAGCUAGGUGUUCCUGGCCUACCUGGCUACCCUGGACGCCAGGGUCCCAAGGGAUCCCUGGGAUUUCCUGGUUUCCCUGGAGCCAGUGGGGAGAAAGGAGCCCGAGGUCUGUCAGGGAAAGCAGGACCUCGGGGCGAGCGAGGCCCCACGGGCCCACGGGGCCAGCGGGGACCCCGAGGAGCCACCGGCAAGUCUGGAGCUAAGGGAACGUCAGGAGGUGAUGGCCCCCAUGGGCCCCCUGGAGAGAGGGGCCUCCCUGGACCUCAGGGCCCCAAUGGAUUUCCAGGGCCCAAAGGCCCCCCGGGUCCCCCCGGGAAGGAUGGGUUGCCUGGACACCCAGGCCAGAGAGGAGAAGUGGGCUUCCAAGGGAAGACGGGCCCUCCUGGCCCCCCUGGCGUGGUGGGACCCCAGGGAGCAGCAGGAGAAAGCGGUCCCAUGGGGGAGAGAGGUCACCCAGGCCCCCCAGGCCCUCCUGGAGAGCAGGGACUGCCUGGAACAGCUGGAAAAGAAGGAACAAAGGGUGACCCUGGCCCCCCUGGGGCUCCAGGGAAAGAUGGCCCAGCUGGUUUGAGGGGCUUCCCAGGGGAGAGAGGCCUCCCAGGCACUGCUGGUGGACCUGGCUUGAAGGGGAAUGAAGGUCCAGCUGGUCCUCCUGGCCCUGCAGGCUCCCCUGGAGAACGAGGUGCAGCAGGAUCAGGGGGACCCAUAGGUCCCCCAGGGCGCCCAGGCCCACAGGGUCCCCCAGGAGCAGCAGGCGAGAAAGGCGUCCCGGGUGAGAAGGGUCCUAUUGGUCCCACUGGCCGCGAUGGAGUGCAGGGUCCUGUGGGACUUCCUGGCCCUGCUGGGCCCCCUGGCGUGGCUGGAGAAGAUGGUGACAAGGGUGAGGUGGGAGACCCUGGACAGAAGGGCACCAAAGGGAACAAGGGUGAACACGGCCCUCCUGGCCCUCCUGGACCCAUUGGUCCUGUGGGGCAGCCUGGAGCCGCGGGAGCUGAUGGGGAGCCUGGAGCGCGAGGUCCCCAGGGACACUUUGGAGCUAAAGGUGAUGAAGGCACAAGAGGAUUUAAUGGACCCCCAGGACCCAUCGGCCUACAGGGCUUGCCAGGCCCGUCUGGGGAGAAGGGAGAAAUAGGAGAUGUGGGUCCCCUGGGACCUCCCGGCCCCCCAGGACCUCGCGGCCCUGCUGGACCCAACGGUGCUGAUGGCCCACAAGGUCCCCCAGGAGGUGUUGGGAAUCUAGGACCCCCUGGAGAGAAGGGGGAACCAGGAGAACCAGGAUCUCCAGGGGUCCAGGGUGAGCCGGGUGUCAAGGGCCCGCGAGGGGAGCGUGGAGAGAAAGGCGAGUCUGGGCAGGCUGGAGAGGCUGGACCACCUGGUCCUAAAGGCCCCACAGGCGACGAUGGCCCCAAAGGCAACCCUGGGCCUGUCGGUUUCCCUGGCGACCCCGGCCCUCCUGGAGCAGUCGGCCCUAGGGGCCAGGAUGGUGCUAAGGGCGACCGAGGAGAGGAUGGCGAGCCAGGCCAGCCUGGAUCUCCUGGGCCCACUGGGGAAAAUGGGCCACCUGGACCACUGGGGAAGAGGGGUCCAGCAGGCACGCCCGGCCCGGAGGGGCGACAGGGAGAGAAGGGAGCCAAGGGGGACUCUGGUGCUGUGGGUGCCCCGGGGAAGACAGGCCCUGUGGGUCCUGCUGGCCCAGCAGGAAAGCCUGGCCCUGAUGGGCUGAGAGGACUCCCGGGUUCAGUGGGUCAACAAGGCCGUCCUGGAGCCACGGGCCAGGCCGGGCCCCCAGGUCCUGUGGGACCCCCAGGGCUUCCUGGCCUCCGCGGUGAUGCAGGAGCCAAGGGGGAGAAGGGCCACCCAGGUCUCAUUGGUCUGAUCGGCCCCCCAGGAGAGCAAGGAGAGAAGGGUGACCGGGGACUUCCUGGCCCUCAGGGCUCCCCUGGACAGAAAGGAGAGACGGGUAUCGCAGGAGGAUCUGGCCCCAUCGGUCCUGGAGGGCCUCCUGGCCACCCUGGACCUGCUGGCCCCAAAGGAGCCAAAGGAGCCACAGGCCCAGCUGGACCAAAGGGAGAGAAGGGCGUGCAGGGUCCCCCAGGACACCCGGGCCCCCCGGGCGAGGUCAUCCAGCCACUGCCCAUCCAGAUGCCCAAGAAGACUCGUCGCUCAGUGGACGGGAGCCGCCUGAUGCAGGAAGAUGAGGCCAUGCCGACUGGGGGUGCUCCGGGCAGCCCUGGGGGGCUGGAGGAGAUCUUUGGCUCCCUGGACUCCCUGCGGGAGGAGAUUGAGCAGAUGAGGCGGCCGACGGGGACCCAGGACAGCCCUGCUCGCACCUGCCAGGACCUGAGGCUCUGCCACCCCGAGCUGCCCGAUGGAGAGUACUGGGUGGACCCCAACCAGGGCUGUGCCCGGGAUGCCUUCCGAGUUUUCUGCAACUUUACAGCAGGAGGAGAGACGUGCGUGACACCCAGGGAUGACAUCACCCAGUUCUCCUAUGUGGACUCAGAGGGUUCCCCAGUGGGUGUGGUCCAGCUCACCUUCCUGCGCCUGCUCAGCGUCUCCGCCCACCAGGACGUCUCCUAUCCCUGCUCUAAAGCAGCCCUCGAUGGUCCCCUGAGACUUCGGGGGGCCAACGAGGACGAGCUGAGCCCAGAGACCAGCCCUUAUGUCAAGGAGUUCCGAGAUGGCUGUCAGACACAGCAUGGCCGCACGGUGCUGGAGGUGCGCACCCCGGUGCUGGAGCAGCUGCCCGUGCUGGAUGCCUCCUUCUCAGACCUGGGGACCCCCCCAAGGCGGGGAGGGGUGCUGCUGGGCCCGGUCUGCUUCAUGGGCUAGGACCUUUUGGUCUGACCUGUCUGUCACCACCAGGCCCACCUGGAAUCACAUGGCACUGGCUCUGCUCUGCGCCACCUCCCUCCAGGGCUCCUCUCCAUCAGGGCCUUGGGCCAGGACACCGAGGGCCCCCAGCGAGGGGCAGUCAGGGGAGGGGUGAUUCUGGGUGCUGGGAACACCCCAGGGGAGGGUGGCAUCAGCAGCUUCUGGGACUCCCACCUGGAGCCUGUGACCCAUCAGAGAGCUGAGACCCUUAUUUAAAACUCACCUGCCGAUCACCCCAAACAAGUGGAAGAGAAGAGAAAGGACACUGUGUAUUUUGUAUUUAAAAGUAAUUAUAUUAAUUAUUUAAAGAGUGAAAAGCACUAUAACAAAAAGGAUAAAGAGAGAAAUGCCAACAGAAGUGCCCGGAUGUUGAAGACAGGCUCUCUGAGGGUGGGCCGCACCCCACCUUUGCCUCAGGGCCUUCCUCAGGGACUGUGUGUGUGUGGGUGGCUGGCUGAACUCCACCCCCGCACACCCCCAGUAGCACCCACUGUGAAAGCUGCAACACACAGUCUUCGCAGGGCCCUGACUUUCCCUUGGGUGGGGCUCCCUUGUCCCUACCUGCCAGGGGUUGGCUCCCUGCCUGGACACUUGUUGUCCUGUGUCACUUGGCUUGGGUCUGGCAGUUGCUGGUUGCUACUUGAGGACCCAGUUAUGCUCCCAGAGAAGACAUGGAAUGCUGAGGCCAGCAGAUUCUUAAAUGCUGAGGUUCUUCUGUAUGGGCUGGUAAAUCACCAUGGCCCUGAACUCUGGGAGCAUCUCAUUGUCAUCCUGGUCACCCUGGCCCUCCUCUGGACCACUUCCCCGAACCUGCAAUUGAAGGGUUAAUGUGUGGCCCAAGGAUGAAAGGGGGGGACACCAGGAACCUGCCUGGCCCCAAGCCCUGUGUCCCUCUG